UCCAGGGUCUGGGUCCUACCUACACAGGGCACCUGAGGACGUGGAGGGCACAUACAACACAUGCUCCUUGUUUUCCAGCCGCUGAGAGCCAUGGCCUCCAACUUCAUGCCCCUCCAGAGACCAUGGAAAGCUUGGAGAACUUGGGAAAAUUAUCCCACAGCAGAUGCUGUGGCCUGCAUGCUGUGUGUUGCUGAAGAGGAACAGCUGACUGCUAACACCUCCCGCAUUCAGGGGACUGUGAUGGCCACCCCAACACCUGAAUCAACAUCCAGUGGGGAAGGUGAGCCCAGGAACUGUGUGGUGUGUGGGGACCGAGCCACAGGUUAUCAUUUCCAUGCCCUGACCUGUGAGGGCUGCAAGGGCUUCUUCAGACGAACGAUCAGUAAAAGCACUGGUCUCACUUGCCCUUUUGCUGGAAGCUGUGAAAUCAGCAAGGCCCGGAGGCGGCACUGCCCUGCCUGCAGGUUGCAGAAGUGUCUAGAUGCUGGCAUGAGGAAGGACAUGAUACUGUCAGCAGAAGCCCUGGCAUUGCGGCGAGCCAAGCAGGACCAGCGGCGGGCCAAGCAAGCAGCUCUGCAGCUGAGUAAGAAGCAGAAAGAGAUAGUCCAGACCCUGCUGGAGGCUCACACUCGCCACCUGGGGACCAUGUUUGACCAGUUUGUUCAGUUCAGACCCCCAGCGCACCUGUUCAUCCAUCACCAGCACUCAACCGCCACAGCCCCAGUGCUGCCACUGCUCACGCACUUUGCAGAUAUCAACACUUUCAUUUUGGAGCAAGUUAUCAAGUUCACCAAGGAACUGCCCCUUUUCCGGUCCCUACCCAUGGAGGACCAAAUCUUCCUUCUCAAGGGAGCAGCAAUAGAAAUGGGUCAGAUUGCACUUAAUACCACUUUCUGUCUCCAAACACAAAACUUCUUCUGUGGGCCUCUUCGCUACACUUUGGAAGAUGGAGCUCAUGUAUCUCCCACAGUGGGAUUCCAGAGAGACUUUUUGGAGUUAUUUUUUCGCUUCCAUGGGACACUGAGACAACUGCAACUCCAAGAGCCUGAGUAUGUGCUCAUGGCUGCCAUGGCCCUCUUCUCUCCUGACCGGCCUGGGGUUACCCAGAAGGAAGAGAUUGAUCAGCUGCAAGAGGAGAUGGCACUGACUCUGGACAGAUACAUCAGGGGCCAGCAGCCCAGGCCUCGAAAUCAGUUUCGGUAUGCAAAGCUGCUGGGCCUGUUGGUGGAGCUCCGGAGCAUUCACAGCACAUACUGGCACCAAAUCCAGCACAUCCAUGGAUUUCUCGCCAUGAUGCCCCUGCUCCAGGAGAUCUGCAGCUAA